AUGGCCAGACUCAACGAAGCUCCUCUGCCAACAGAGAGCGUUGAUGCUCUAAAGCGCCGCUUCGUACGACAGAACCGCGAGCUCGCCAAGAACAACUCGGCGCAAUGUCUGCGCAUCCGUGCUCUUGAAUGCGAAGUCUCGCGAUUGCUUGCCGAGAACCUCGACCUUCGCGAAGACAUCGUCCACCUUCAGGCUCAACUGUCUGAAACUCGCCCUCGUUUAGACAACUCUGCUCUCGUCUCAGUCAAGGAUCAACUACAGGCUAAGCUGCUCGAGUUCGGUGCUCUCGUCUCGGAGCUUGGCCAGAUCCAAAACAACCAUCCCUCGGUUCCUCAAGACAAAUCUUACGACACUUCUUCAUGGCGGCCUGAGGUCCCCGCUGCUAUUCUUUCUGGGCAGGCCCCGAGAAUGGAUGGUAUUGCCGAAGAAGCAUCCUCUCCCGGCGGCUCUCUGCGUCAGACAAACGCCGUCCGUCUCUCCAACCACAGCAAUCCUUCGCCUGAUAUUGGCCCACCUCCAAUCGUGCAUUUCGACAAUGAGGAUCCGAUAAAAUUCGAUCCUCUAUCCACCGAGAUCGACCAGCCCGAUUACGAUGAGCAAGAUGAUAAUCCUACAUCCGACCACGAGUCUCUGCCAGCCAACUUGUCAGUCAAUCUGGAGACGAGAAGAAAGCGCAAAGAUUCGAAAUUACAGCUUCGACGAAGCUCAUUACUUCCUCCCAACCUCGACGAUGAUGAACAACCACAACUCACACGAACGAGCGCUAAGAGAAAGCUCAGUAUGCGCGAUGUUGAAGAUGAGGUUGAGAAGCGCGUUGUGAAAGAUGAUUUCAAGUUCAGCAGAAGAUCCUCCAUGGCAGCCGACUUCAUGAACACCGAGCCAGUCACAACGCCAGCGGAGAGCCUGGAGGAUACAGAGACGCCAGCUUUAUUGCCUGAGCGCAAGGUCCUGGGCAACAAGAGCGUCAAUGUUUCCCCACGGAAGCUGUCGAGAAACACGAAAGGAAAAGGAGAUUUGAAGCAGGAAGAUGCUCCACUCAAGCCUGCUGUCAAGGCGACUGAUCGCAGAAAGUCAAAGAACCCGACCACCAAAUCAGUCACAAUCGCAGCCGGUGAACCAGAGACAAUCAUGAGAACAAUCGAGAUUGCUCUACCAUCAGAACUGCCGGUUGAAGAGAUAGAGGAUCUGGCACCGAAAACACCACUACCCGAAUUCUUUUCACCUACACCCUCGGAGCCUUCGACUGCAAGAGAUGAAGGAAGAGAUACACCACCACCAUCAGGACUGAAAUCGAUGAGCUCGGGACCAGCUGCUCUGAAUGGCGCUAGUAGGCCUUCGCGACGAGCCAGAGCAGCCGUCAACUAUGCAGAACCGAACCUGGUGAGCAAGAUGCGCCGACCUACAGCAGCGAAAGCAGAUGCGGUGGAUGCAAAUGGUCGAAGAAUCAGCAGCAACAUUACCACAUCGGAAAAGAAGACGAUGAGAACAGUCGUAAUCAAAGGAGAUGAUAUGAACGGAUCUUUGACACGGGAUAUGGGCUCUGAAGCACCAAGCCCGCUAGGUCAAAAGGUUGACAGAGAGCACGAACGAACAUUCGAAACCAGCAAGGUACCUUCAGCAUCUGGCAGGGCUAUUUCAGCAUUGAUGGCAGGGUCCAAGAAGCAGAAGGAGAGUGGUGAGGAUGCAGGAGUUUACAAGCUGAAAGACUCAUCUGAUGUGGAAGAGAGUGCUGCAAGCCGGAAACGAAACAGCAGGCGGCACUCAUCUAUGACAGAUAGCAGUGAGCGAUCAAGCAACGGCGCAGAAGUGGAGGUGGAAGCAGAAGAGAAGCAGGAGGAGGCAGAAGUUCGCAAGGCCCCUCGGUCAGCGCGAGUAGACCGCAGUGGAGCGCGCAGACGCAGCAUGAUGGUCUAA